AUGUUGAAAUUAGGAAAGGCACUCUUUAGAUAUGGAAUUUCAUAAAAGAAGUCUCAGCUGGUCAAUGUGGCAAGAAUGGCAAAUAAGAAAAUGAGUGAUCUUAUCCCAAUGAAUUAAAAAUUCUUUUCCUAAAGCACUCUAAAACUAGAUAAUCCCUACACUGGUGAGCAGAUCCUUGAACUUCCUUUCCUUUCAAAAGAGGAGCAGCAUGAAAUAUUAGUUAAAGCUAAGGAUGCUUCUAAGAAGAACAGGCAGUCUAACCUCAGAGAAAGGAAAGAUGUAGUGAGAAAAAUUAUUAAGUAUCUUUAAGAUAAUAAAGAGACGAUUGCAGUAGAAAUUACUAGCUGCAUGGGCAAGCCAGUUCUUUAAUCUAGACAGGAGAUUGAUACUGCCAUCGAAAGAUGUAAUGCUUUGAUAGACAUAUCAGAAGAAGCCCUUGCUAAGGAGGUUAUUGAAUCAAAUAAGUAUGUGACAAAGUAUUUAGGAACAGUCUUGAUUCUAUCGUCUUUUGACUUCCCUAUUCUAUCUGCUAUCAAUCACAUGAUUCCAGCCUUACUCUGUGGAAACUCUGUCCUAAUCAAGGAUAAUCCCAGAACUCCAAUUUUUGGCGAGCAUUUCCAAAAAGCCUCUGAAAACAACUGGGUUCAGUCUUUCUUGGCUAAUUAGUAAGAUGUGAAGCUUUUAUAUUAAGAGCAUGCAAUAAACUAUGUCGUUUUUAUGGGGAGUCUCGAAAGUGCUCAUGAUGUCUAUCAGGAAGUAGCAAAGAAUGACUUUAUUGAUGUUUAACUAGAUCUUGAUAUGGAAAAUGCUGCUGAAGUACUUCUAAGAGCUGCUUUUUAUAAUGCAGGAUAGUCGAGGAAUAGCAUGCAAAGAAUAUAUAUUGAAAAGGCUAUAAGCAAUGACUUCAUUAAUUUAUUCUCUAAGAUGGCUUUUGAAAGACUUCAAAUCGGUGAUCCAAUGGAUGAAUAGACAGAUAUUGGACCACUCGCUUAGCUUGAUUACAUUGAGAAAAUGGAAGGUAAAAAUAAAUAAAUAAAAACUAAAUUGAUAGAAUUCGUUGCUGAUGCUGUAAACAUGGGAGGUGCUUUAGUUUUAGGGGGCAAUUAGAAUACAGAUGAUAAGGGCAUGGGUAGAUUCUUCGAGCCUACAAUAAUAGCUAAUGCUACGAAUGGAAUGAAAGUUCAAGCUUAGCAGAUUUUCGGACCAAUAGUGACAUUCUAAGAAGUGGAGAGUGAUGUGCAAGCUAAGGAUUUGAUAAAUGCUUCCAAGUAUGGAGUGACGAGUGCUAUCUUUACUUCAGAUGAAAUAUGUAUGGACUAUUUCAUCGGAAACCUUAAGGUUGGAGUUGUCAAUAUCAAUAAAUGCCCCGUGAUGCAAGAUCACUACCUGCCAGUCACAGGUCGGAAGGUCUGUGGAAAGAUCCUUUACAACUCUAAAUAUGCUUUUGACAACUUCACCAGGCUAAAGUCUGUCAAUAUUAGACUUAAUUGA